UUUCAAUCCCAAUGCAAGCCCAGCUGUUCCCGCUGCUGAUCCCGCUGACGCUGCUGCUCCUCCUUGCGAGUGGCGGCGCCAUCCAAGCGGCCAAUGCUCAAGUCAACCUCUGCGACAGUCGCCCCAAAGUCGACCCGUGCAUGCCCGGCGGAUGGUGGGAUCCCUUGCUUGGAUCAUGUCAAGGCUACGACGGCUCAGAUUGCUUUGCGUGCUUCUAUGGUCCCAACUGCAAGUCGUUCAAUGCAUCAAGCGCUUGUCCAGUGGACUCGGGUGCCGGUCAGCCAGUGCUGUUCCGUGAGUACUGGGCAUCGACCGGUCUACCCUGCGACGCGGUUCCCGCAGACUAUCGCACACCGUACCAGCUGCUCAACUCGGAACAACCAAUCAAGCCUCUGGCUGACGCGAUUCGCAGUUUGCAUCGGCUUGUCGGAAACGUGAAUGCAGAGAAUUACACGAUCGUCCCGACGUACGGCUCCACCCAGGCAAUGAUGGCCGCGUUGUACGCCAUGACUUCUCUCCACGCCAGUGCAGGUGGUCAGUUGCAAGUGUUUGCGCAGGCUCCGUACUAUGCGUCCUACCCCAAUCAAGUCCUGUCCACCUUUGCGCCCGUUGCGGGCGGUGUUGCCACUGCCGCCUGGAAUCCCCUUGCCGAUCCGGCUGCUUUGUCGACAGUCGAGAUUCUGACCUAUCCAAACAACCCGGAUGGAACAUUGCGUCGUCCCCUCGUGUCGGAUCCGACCCGAGUCAUCUAUGAUUGCGUGUACUAUUGGCCUCAUUACCAGAACGAGUCUUCGUUUGUGCCGCUGGACAAGGACAUUAUGCUUUUCAGCGCUUCCAAAAUGACGGGCCACGCAGGCUCGCGCUUUGGCUACGCUCUCGUCAAAAACGCCACCAUCGCGGCAAUCAUGCGCGAGUACCUCAGUUUCUCCACAAUUGGCGUCAGCAUUGACACUCAGUUGCGUCUGCUGGACAUUAUUCAAUCACUCGUCUCCUCUUUCGCCGCGGAGGCGCCGGCACCAGCUGUGGACGCUGGGGCAACUCUCAACCCGUACUUUUCUUUCGCGCAGAGCCGUAUGACUGCGCACUUUACGAGCUUGGCCAGUGUGUUUGAGAGCAACGUCUCUGCGCACCAGUACACUUUCAUCAAUCGCCUGCAAGGCGGCGCCUUUGCGUGGAUCCAGUGCCCGCCCAACUAUGACUGCUAUGCCUUGUUUGAGCAGGUUGCCCUGCUGGGAAACUCGGGAAUUCCGUAUGGAGCAAGCAGCAACUUUGUGCGUUUCUCCAUGAUGAUGCCCGAGUCGGAGUUUGCACAGCUUCUCGGUCGCGUGCACCAGCGUCUCUACGAGGUUCCGCUGCCAGAGUUGACGGAUGAUUUGCGUGCCGAUUUGAAGGACAAAGCGGCUUACAUCGGCCAACCCAAGCUUCAAGGACGCGAGCAGCUUCUUCGGUCUGCCGCAGAGCUCCAACGACUGAUGUAGACGAAUGCUAGGCCGUCGUGGUGUUGAUUGAAAGUGCCUGGCAUGUCACUGCUUCGUUGUCAUGCUGGUUGCAGUCUUGUGAAUAACAAACGAAGACACAACCAAAAACCAAAAAAAAAAAAAAAAAAAGGCAAAUGUGAUGGAGUGUUGCUGGUACAUCUCGCCUAGCUUUCCAUUGAAUGUA